AUGAUGGUGGACACUCUUCGUCACUACCUGGCGCCUGGGAUUAUGCUAGAUGGGUUCCUUGACGAGAACACGCUACCUUUGGUCCGUCGUGCGUUCGAUUUCGAGCGUGAUGUCCCCCAUCCGGCGCUUUUAGGUGAAAAGGACGGCCGCAAAGCUAUAUCUCUCGAGAAGCUAUGUAUCGAGGCGCUCAUUACCAACGUUCUCGAGGUGUUCUAUGGACCAGCAAUCUGGACGCUCAAGCCUGAUUUCGUGCAUUGGUUCUUGCUCUGGGAAAGAGUCAAUUGGAAAUUCCUCUUCAAUUUGCCAGGAAUUAUGAGUCAGGAUAUGCUUGCAGCCAAGGCAGAGAUGACUGAUUUGUUUGAAAAGUAUUUCUCAUUGCCUCGUAGUGAGCGACCGGGUGCAGCGCCUUGGAUCGUUGCUUUAGAAGACAACAUGCGAGAGUCGAAUCUAACCACUGAGGAGCUUGCUCGAGUAUUGACCCUCCAGACCUGGGCGAUCGUAGGAAAUAUGUACAAGUCGGCAUUCUGGCUAAUUGCCCACUUGGUUCAUAACCAGACCGACCUCGAGAUUGUACGCAUUGAAAUCCUACCAGCGACGCAAGGUGACCAGAUCGAUCAUCACCAUCUGACAAAGAACUGUCCGAUUCUCGACUCUUUGAUGUCCGAAGUCCUGCGCGUCACGACCAGCACUCCCAUCGUGCGAGAUGUGAUGGAGGAUAUCUGCAUUGGUGGAACCACUUUUCGGAAAGGAAACAAGAUACUGAUUUCUUACCGCCAAUUACAUCUCAAUCCCGAAUCCUGGGGCCCUAACCCCGAAGCAAUUCAAGCAGAUCGUUUUCAGCAAACCAAAAGCUUAAAGUCCAGUCUCAGUUUCCGUCCAUUCGGUGGCGGAAGCACUCUUUGCCCCGGGCGUUUUUAUGCCCGAGGGGCCAUCUACCCCGUCGUAGCAUUGUUACUUAGCCGAUACGACAUCAGUAUAGGAGAUCUGGAUCUGGGAUUGGGGGCUGCAGGAGAUAGGCCACGAGGCCCGAAGAAUGCUUCAUUUCCCCGACCCGAUUAUUCCAAGCCUAUCCCUGGUGUUGUAUCUCCCGCUGAAGGUGAGGAUAUCAGGAUGGUGCUCAGUCCCCGAAUGGUGGGGCAGUAA